AAACAAUGUUUACUGUUGAGUUGGCUAUUCUAGUCCAGUCUUGCUUUAAUAUUGCUUACACUGCACGACGUGCUGGUUUGUGGAACUAAUACGCAACGUUUUCAGUUUCCGCCGGAGUUUUAUUAAAGCUGAACCGCGCCGAUUAAAAACAUUCCUGGAUUUUGUUAUUUCCCUUGACAGCGUGUUAUGGUUAGACAGCCGUGUACAAUCUAAAUGAUCUCUAUGUGUAGCGGUAUGACUGUAACUGGGCUAUGUUUUUGGAGAAGCACGAUGAGGGCGAGGACACCGGUCGUGUUUACGAGAGGACAGAGCAGCUACACACAGGGUCAGAGUCCUGAGCCACGUGUUCGUGAAUACUUCUACUAUCUUGAUCAUCAAGGACAGCUCUUUCUCGAUGAUACCAAGGUGAAGAACUUUGUCACGUGUUUUAAAGGGAUGAUGGUGGAGCGUUUGAAGCAGGAAGGGACUUCGCACAGUUCCAAUGAUCUGCUGAAGAUCAAUGUGAAGACGGAUGAUUGCUGGACAGUGCAGGCUUUGAGGCACGCUGGCGAGACACCUGGGUCUUCCAUAUCUUCUGUUUGCUGAAGACUUUGCAUACAUCAUCUUUACAGAUCUUGAGUACAGGCUGAGGAACAGUAGGGAGGGAGGGUGUUAUGGCCGUGUUGUAAGGUAGUCAGAGCGGGAGUGAGGUGUCAGACCAGGCUUUUGUUUUUCAGACCUGCAGUAGAACUCAUUCAGGUCUUUAGAAUGAGUAUAGCUUUUGAUUUAUAUACUGCUUAGUUUGUGUAUCUGUUCACUAGAUUACUAGUCAAACAUUUGCUUGGACCAACUCAUCUUUAUUUGAACAUUUUUCUUAUUUCUUUUACACAUUUUCCAAUAUUAUACAUCAACAUGUUUAUAUUUGGUGGCACGGUGGCUUAGUGGUUAGCACGUUCGCCUCACACCUCCAGGGUCGGGGUUCGAUUCCCGCCUCCACCUUGUGUGUGUGGAGUUUGCAUGUUCUCCCCGUGCCUCGGGGGUUUCCUCCGGGUACUCCGGUUUCCUCCCCCGGUCCAAAGACAUGCAUGGUAGGUUGAUUGGCAUCUCUGGAAAAUUGUCCGUAGUGUGUGAUUGCGUGAGUGAAUGAGAUUGUGUGUGUGCCCUGCGAUGGGUUGGCACUCCGUCCAGGGUGUAUCCUGCCUUGAUGCCCGAUGACGCCUGAGAUAGGCACAGGCUCCCCGUGACCCGGGGUAGUUCGGAUAAGCGGUAGAAGAUGAAUGAAUGAAUGAAUGUUUAUAUUUGACACUCCUAUUAGUAACUGAUUUUUGCCGUGCUGACAUCUUUAACACAAGUUUGGCCAGCUUCAGUACUUAUUUUCUGAUCGGUGCUAACAGAUCCAAGCUGUUUUUACUGGGUUCAGGUGUGGAGGCAGUAAAUACCAUUUUAAGCAGGUUUAAGCACAGUUUACGUAGGCUUAAACAAAUAGCAAUAAGCAAUACUAAGCCCAACAAGAUGUCUUAAACAGCAUCUAUAUCCAAACCUUUGUCUGGUACAGCUUGACUGUCAGCAAAACUGUCAUUUUGUGAACAGUUAUUGUUAGCAAACUACUCCAUCUACUUUUGACAUUUCCAUUGAAACAGUGACUGAAGUGUUGGUAUAUGUGUAUCAUUGAAAUCUUUAACUUCCCUCUCCUCUUUUACUCCCUUUAGAUCAGCAAUUCCUGGUUUUCUUUUUUAAGCAUUUGAAAGUCAAUCGAAGUGGCCGCUACGAACAGCACUUCCACUACGUUUCAUUUUGUGGACGUGAGAGGAACUUCCUACGUUGUGAUGAUCAGCCAGUUGUAUUUACUCAUUUGUUGUCUGAGACGGGGCACCUGUCAUAUUGUGGAGGUGGGAAUAAACUGAUUUUUCCUUUCCAA